AUGGCGCUGGCACAGGUGAGUAGAAGUAAUUAGAGAUCUAAUUAGCCAUAAAUUUUGUAGCCUUUUUUGGAUCAGUUUUUCGAAGCUUUUACCAGAAAAUUUGCAGUUUGAUCACUAAAUUUUAUAAAAGUAUGAUUUUCAGAUCCGCUCUUCAGUACGCAAAGAAUCCAUAAAGGAAGAGGUUAUUUCGAAUUACUACAAAUUGAUCUGGGAGGACAGACCGAUAUAUGUUUACAAAUUUAACGCCCGAAAAGCGGACAAAACGCCGCUCACCAAUCCCUUUGAUCUGCGGGAAAAGUUUUACCAGUUCAUGCAGCAACAUCCACAAUUGAGAGUUGCAAAAGUGAACCGAGUCGUCUUUGACGAACAGCAAUAUGUGUAUACGUUGGAUCCGUUUGGAUGUGAUCGUUUCGAAUUUUCCAUUGGAAAGUUCAAGGGGAAGGUAAAUUGGAUUUUUUAUUUUUUUUAACAAGGAAAGUGCUUCUAUGGGGUAUGGAGUUACAGGUCGAGUCAUAUAUCAAAAAAUUCGCAAAAUUUUUAUGGGUCAGGAUAUUUAAAAAUUAGCUGCCUAAUUUUGGUCUAUCAACGAGUUUUAUCAAUAAAUGUACUUCUCGAGGAAAAAAAUCUGCGGCAACAAAAGCGCGCUCGGUCUCUUCCUUCGUAAGAGAGCGGUGUGGCCGAGUGGUUAGAGCGCUGGAUUGGAAAUCCGAGGGGAACGGGUUCGAUUCUUUUUGCCACACUAGAACGCAUUUUUUACAUUGGAACUACUUUUAAGGUGUAGUUGUAAUCCAAUUUGAUAUUUUAAGGCUUGUCAAGGCCUCAGAAUUUAUUUUAGCACAAAAAAAAUUUUUUAUUGGUAAAAACACGGUCAAAAAGACACGUGCAUGGUGUCGCGAGAAAACUUCUGACGAGAAAACUUCUUCGUGAGGACAAAAACGUGUCAUCAGACCAAAAUUAGGCAGCUAAUUUUUGCAUAUUCUGAAUCAGGAAAAUUUCGCGAAUUUUUUGAUAUAUGACUCGACCUGUAACUCCAUACCCCAUAGAAGUACUUUCCUCGUAAAAUCAUUUUCGUAUAUCCGUAUAAGCAUCCGGAUGUGAGUUAUAGUCUGAUUAUGCUCUCCAUUUAUUUUCUGCCAAAAAUUUUCUUAUAUUUUACAAGGAAAGUACUUUUAUGGGGGCUCCUACUUUUUGACGGGACAUAUCUCAAAAAAUCAGAAAAAAUGUGCUGAUCAAGGAUAUAUAAAUCUUAGCUGCCCAUUUUGGGUUUUUAGGGGUGAAAAUGCCCAAAAACUGGCUUAAUUUCCCUACAAAAGGCGCAGGCAUUCUAAACGAUAAAAAGCGCAGUCGGUCUCUUCCUUCGGAAGAGAGCGGUGUGGCCGAGUGGUUAGUGCCGUAGUCUGGGAAUCAAGGGGGACGCCGCACGGGUUCGAUUUCCCUUUUGGGCCGAAUCAACUUUUUUUGAAGUUGAAGGUCGGAAAAAUGAAUUUUUGUGCCAAGAUUGAUUUAUUACUUCUUAGAAACUCAAUAAACAUCAUUUUAAGCCAAAAUAAAAAUUGUAAACCUGUGAAAAAUUAAGCGAAAAGGGGUUCAUAUAGGGCUUUAAGUCAACUUCCGAUUAAGUUUUCACCCCUAAAAACCUAAAAUGGGCAGCUAGGAUUUAUAUAUCCUUGCUCAGCACAUUUUUUCUGAUUUUUUGAGAUAUGUCCCGUCAAAAAGUAGGAGCCCCCAUAAAAGUACUUUCCUUGUUAGACCGAUGUUACUCUUGAAUAUAAAGGGAAAUUACUCCCCGAUCGAUAUGGAAAUUUGACGAAGCAGUACGCCGAUGCGUAUCAAGCUAUCAUUCUGAAUGGGCUUAGAAUGUAAGUACGAUUUUUACCGACUCUUUUGAUAAAUUUUUUUUGAGCUUUUAGGAAUUUAUUGAUAAUUUUGGUCAACAAAAUUUUUUGAUAUAGCCCGAAAACGACGGUUAAGUUUGCGACAUUUUCAGAACCGAUUCUCAACUUACAGCCGACAGCUUUUACGGCGCCAGGAAUACAUACGUCCAUCUGCCGUCGGCCACUUUCGUGGUCCAAGAAUUGGGCCCAAACCUUCGAUUGUGCAUCUUUCAAGGCUUGUUUUUGAAGGUCAAACAGAACAUUGACAAACAACUGGUUGUCAACGCGUCCUGUGAGUAGUCAAAAUCUGACUUUUUUUUGUUUUUUCAGCAAAUAUUUUUAAAUUUUGCAUUACCAUCAAGUAUAAUAUAAAAUUUUUAGUGAUACAUCGAAUUCUGGAGAAGUAUCAUAUGGGAAUUCUGGAAUAUUUCUUAGCAAUGCAUAAUAUUGAGUUCCGGGGGAACACAGAGGAGGAAAUUCGGCGGAGGAAAGCGAAAAUUCGCGGAUUGACUUUUACCAAAAAGGCGAUAGACCGAUUCAAUAAUGACAUGAGAGGUAAGUAUGGGGGAACUAAGCUCAUAAUUGCAUCAUUUACAUUAUCUACGGCAUUUUUUUGCUCAUAGAAUGUAUAUAUUUCGAAAAUAAAUUUCCGCCAAUUUUGGCAUUCUGUAUCAAGACCCGGGAAGCGCUACAAAAUCGAUGAAGUAACACCUUUAAAAUAAAUUUUUCUCCAGGUAAACCAGUGUCGACCGUUUAUGCCCCCAGGCACUAUAAGAUUGAAAGACUGGUAGACGAGUAUCCCAACACAACACGGUUCCGGACCAUUGAGGGAACCGAGGAAACUGUCGCGGGAUACAUAUACAAACGCUACAACAUCACCCUUGAAUUCCCGGAGCUCCCACUCGUUCGGAUGCUGAAGUCCAAGAAGAAUCCGAUCCUCAUACCAAUGGAGUGUCUUCAGGUGCGUUUUCGGGCUUUGUUUAUUAUUUUGAAAAAAAUAUAAUAUAUGUGACUUCCCUUGUUAGACCGCUUGACAAACAAUAUUUUUUUGGGCCAUAAACUUAAAUUUCAGAUAUCCCUGAAGCCCCAAAAGCACAGGGGAGAUCUGAGUGGCUACAUGGACACGAUUCUCAAGCAGGUCCGCAAAGACCCCCACGAAUUCUUCACGGGCAUAAGGGACAUGUUGAAGACUGCCCAAAUCAAGGACGUCCCAGAAGCCAGCGCAAUGAAAGAGUUCGGAGUCAGCCUUGACAGGAACAUGAUCCGAACGGAAGCAACGGUUCUGCCGCGACCCGACGUCACCAGGUUCGCGGAGUCACCGACAAAAAAGGUCCGAAUUGUCCCGGUCUACAUGGCCAACAAUUUUGAUGGAGAUAAGGGCAGUAUAAGGUGAGAUAUGGAUUAUAUGUAGGAAUUUUAUGUAGGAAAUGGGGUUUGUGGUAAACUGGAGAUAAAAGGCUAUAUAGGGGCAAUGGAGCGGUUUAUGAUACGUUGGGCAGCCUGCGCCCUAUACUUUAGGCAAAAUUGCGAGAUUCUUAGCUGUUUUUUUUUUUUUUUUGAGGAACAUUACAGUAAUAACAGCAAAUCAUCAAGCCCAGGCUGAAAAAAAGCUCCCAAUUUCCAUUCCUUUUUUGAAUAAAAAAUCGUCUGCAAGCUGCGCCCUGGAUUUUAUCGUUCUUUAAACAUUCCCUUAUUUGACUGAAAUCUUUUUGUACCGAACGCUGUGAACUCCGGAGACUAAAUCAAAAAAUUUUUUUUUAUAUUUUUCUUAAAGGUUUUUAGUCAUAUUAAACCUGGUUCUGGCUAGUAUAAUAUAAUUUUUUCAGCACAUUCAUUGGAGACCUCAAAAAACAGUUUGACGAACUCAUCCCUCAGAAUCCGGGUCAGUUCUCUGUGAUCAGUUUGGAGCCAGAGAUGGCGAGCUUUGAUCCGAAACGUCUUCUUGACAUUUACAAGAACUAUGAAAGGGAUGACCAAUAUACUCUAUUACUGAUUUUCCUACCCGAAAGUCGCCUCCAAAGGGACAAGAGUCGACUAAAAUUUAAGGCUGAUCUGUAUUCGCAGAUCAAAACAUUAUGUGACACAAAUCGCAACUGUGGAAUCCCCAACCAGUGCAUCAAUAUGGGAACCCUGAGGCGAUGCCUGGGAAUGAACGCGUUUGUAUUGAACAUUGUCCGGAAAAUCUACAGCAGAUUGGGCGGGAAGGCGAGUCUGAUCAACGCCGAUUUCGACGACGCACCCUCCGUCAACCAACUGUACGUUUUCUUUUGUUUCUGCACCGUGCACGUCAAACUGAGAUAAGCGAAAACAGUCCGGCGAAUGGAUUGGCAGUUUGCCAAAAAAACGCGGAAAAACGUUUUGUCGGUAAAGAAAUGGGGAAUUUUUGGGGCGAGAGAGUACGUUUUUGCGUGUCUUUUUUCUCCCUUUCUCUGCGAAAUAGACGAAAUGUAAAAAACCGAUAGCGAAGAGUCUAUUCCGGUCACCGGACUCCUCAGUUUGACGUGCCGUGCGCUAAUCUCGAGAAUAUUUUGCUUUUUGGAGGUUUUCGAUGGCGCUGAUUUCGUAUAUCGUAUCCGUUUUUCUUAAUUUUACAAUUUUGCUUAAGCAGUAGUGUCAUUAUCGCUGUAAAGACGAAAAAAACGUCGUAAGUUUUCUUACAAUAUCAUUCAAGUUUGACCAAGUUUUUACCAAUUAAAACUUCCUCAAUUCUUUAAAAUAAAUGUUUUAAAAGACGAUUUUCUGAGUCAGUGAAGCAAGCCGUGACAUAGGAUUUUUUCGAAGUUGAGUUUUUUGCAUAAAUAUGAUCCACAGCACCAGUAGGGAAAAAGCGAACCACAGUUUUCCUCAAUUCUUCCGUUAACUGUACUUUUUAUACAAUUUUCUGUUUAUACAGUAAUUCGUCAUAACUUUCUACAAUGGUGUCCGUUUGUCAUGAAAAUAAGGCUACUAUGGUUUUUGGGCAUGACGAGUUCAAUAAAACCAAAAAAAAUUACAUCCGGUUACGGUAACAUAUAAAAAUACUGUAUCGGUCGGUAAAAAUCGACCAUAAAAAGUUUGUUUCAAAAAACCCACAGCCAAUUUUUCCAUAUUCGUAAUCAGCGUAAAAUUCUGCUCUAGGACCAAUUUUAAAAAGUUCAAAAAUAGGACCCCAUUUUCCGUGGUGUAGUGGGUUUUGACCAAAACUGGUAAUCUGACCACCCAGGUUCGAAUCCGGGUGGGUGCGAAUGCUGAGCAAUUUUAGGCAUCAAAACUCUCUGAAUUUGGGAUUAAAACGAUUUUUAUGUAAUUUUAGAGGAUUAAUGCAUCAAAAAUAAAACUGCUUCAAACGGGUUGAAAUUGAUAACACUUAUUCUAUGGCUAAUUGUAAGAAACUUUCCCGUUAACUUUUUUUGGUAGAAUGCUGUAUCAUGGAUUACUGUCCGUAGGACUUGAAACACGUCCGUUAAAACGCGCAGGUUUCCAAUCGAUAAUGAUGUCAAGAUGCACAAUAUAUCAUGUAAAAUUCUUUUUUUGAAAUAUGGAGCGUUGAGAUUUCUUGCUUUUUAAUAGAUCUAAUCAAAAAAAGAAAAACAUUUACCCAAGAAUUUUGAAGAAAACAUCUGCUAAGUAGAAUAAGUUUUAUGUUACAGUAAUCCAUGAUACAGUGAUUUUAGGUCUUUUUUCUACAUUCGCACCCACCCGGAUUCGAACCUGGGUGGUCAGAUUACCAGUUUUGGUCAAAACCCACUACACCACGGAAAAUGGGGUCCUAUUUUUGAACUUUUUAAAAUUGGUCCUAGAGCAGAAUUUUACGCUGAUUACGAAUAUGGAAAAAUUGGCUGUGGGUUUUUUGAAACAAACUUUUUAUGGUCGAUUUUUACCGACCGAUACAGUAUUUUUAUAUGUUACCGUAACCGGAUGAAAUUUUUUUUUGGUUUUAUUGAACUCGUCAUGCCCAAAAACUAUAGUAGCCUUAUUUUUAUGACAAACGGACACCAUUGUAGAAAGUUAUGACGAAUUACUGUAUAAACAGAAAUUGUAUAAAAAGUGCAGUUAAUGGAAGAAUUAAGGAAAACUGUGGUUCGCUUUUUCUCUACAGGUGCCAUGGGUCAUAAUAAUGUAAAAAACUCAACAUCGAAAAAAUCCUAUGUCCUGGCCUAACUACGGCUUGCUUCAGUGACUCAGAAAUCGUCUUUUAAUUGGUAAAAACUUGGUCAAACUUGUAUGAUAUUGUAAGAAAACUUAUGACGCUUUUUUCGUCUUUACAGCGAAAAUGACACUACUGCUUAAGCAAAAUUGUAAAAUUUAGAAAAAAAUUGACAUGAUUUUCGAAAUCAGCGCCAUCGAAAACCUCCCCCCACCCUUCCCCCCGCCGUCCUCUUUCCUUUUUUUUUAGCGGACCUUUCCGUCCUUCGUGUUUGGAUUGACGUGCGUGCUGUUUUUUGAUUUUCACCGCACGGUGCAGUCCGGAUUGAAAAUUGCACAAUGCGGCAGGAGAAGGGGUUUGAGGGAUUUGGUGGUGCCUUAUCCAUUGUAAAUGACCGAAUUCCGAUUUUAGGUUCAGAGAAUACGCAAAAAAUCGCACGAUGUACCUGGGAAUUUUCUCCUCCAAGAGCCCGAAAAAGGAUAAGAUUCCCUCCGUUCACACAAUGGCCUAUAAUGUGGAUCCCGAGGCGUCGUGCUAUGUGGGCGUCCACGCUUACCAGCGAGACCACAAGGACCAAAUCCACGCCUUUUAUGAGAUGUUUUUCGAGUGUUUGGAGGGAUUUUUCGCCGAGAUUGGCGCUCCCCAGCGGAUUUUAAUCUUCCGCGGCGGCCUUUCCGACUCCGUGAUCGACGAAAUUGCGGAUUAUGAACGAAUGCAGAUCGAGAGGGCCAUUGACAAGUAUCGUGAGGACUCAAGUUUCAAAGACGAAGUCCAAAAAUGGGACCCGAAGAUCUGCUAUCUGGACGUUUCCAGGUCACAUUCCAGGUUCACUGUUGACACCGGAGAGUAAGUUAUUGACUGGAAUAGCUGUUAAAGGGCCUAUCUUACCGUUUUUGAAGAUAAAAUUUAAAUAUGGAGGUUUCCCGCCAAAUUUGGCAUUCUGUUUCAACGGCUGAAAGUCCAUUUUUCUGAGUUUCUGAACCGAGUUUAUAGUAAACAAAUGCCCCAAUUACAAAUUACGCGAGUUUUUUUCUUGGUUUUAUGACACUUCUUCAGCCGAGUGUACGAAAAUAUCAAGCCGGGAACGGUAAUUGAUAAAGAUGUCGUGGAGACAGCGAAUGAUUUCAUAAUGGCCUCGCAUGAAGGCCGCCUAGGAACGACCAGACCGGCUGAAUACAGCCUGAAGUAUUCCACGUGGCCAGAAUCGGAUAUAUUGGACAUUAAAGUAGGUGUUGCACGGUGCGGAGGAAAAAAUUUGGUGGCUGGGGUGGUAAAAGGUAGUUUAUCGUGGCAUGACACAGAUUUUUGACUGAAUAUUUUAGUCAUCAUGACCGAAUUUCAAGAUUUUUUUGAAAAAAUCAAAAAAAUUUUAGUUUUUGGAAGUUCUCGGAUUUUUGCGUCAAAAAAAUAACUAUAAAACUCAUAGAAUUUAAUUUUUAGGUGCUUUGCAACAACCUCUGCCACCUGUUGGGUCGCUCUCCAUAUACCGUCGCCCUCCCCGCACCAAUUCGAAUGGCCAAUUUCUUGGCCAAAAGAUGUCGUGAGUUCAAAUUGGCCAAUCCAAAUAUGGACUUUGAUUACCCAAAUUUCCCGGAAAGCUCGAAAAACACCGCAUAUUUUACGUAG